AUGAUGCACAGUAAAGUCAAAGCUAAUUUUCACUUGAACAGCAUCUUUUGGGCAAAGAAUGUUGAUGAGCUGAAGGCCAUUUUGAAGACUAAACAGUCAUUUUUUCCUAAACCAGCAGCAAAAGGUAAAACCUGCACUGAAGCAUCAUUUCUUGUUUUCCAUAUUCUGGUAAAACACAAGAAAUCAUUCACAGAUGGUGAAGUAAUUCACGAAGCAGUGACUGUGCCCACUGGCUGUUUACUCAAAGACUUUAAGAAUAAAGGUAAAAGUUUGCAUUCCAGGAAAUGUGGGUCUGAACUCCUGAACAUUGUAGAUAACUAUGCAGUCCUACAACUGGAAAUAGUGUGGUGUUACCUUCAACUGGAACAACUCGACUGCCUUCGUGAUGCAGAAGAGAGAUUAAAACGAGCCCAGACUCGGCUGAAUAAAUGCUAUGGAGAGAACCUGGAGCGACUCUACAACCUGAAGGGUAACACUGCCAAUGAGCAGGUGCUAUAUUUGCGGCUCAGGCUUCUUCAGGGAGUGGUAUUGUACCAUAAAGGAAAGCUGGAUCAGACUAAAAAUCAUCUGAAUGAGGCAGAAACAUUAUUGGGAAAGCUUUCUGUGGAUGAUAAAAAGGUGGUGCAACUCAUGAGUCUCGGAUUCACAGCCCAGGAGGCACGGCUAGGUUUGCGAGCUUGCAAUGAUGAUAUUGACUUUGCGGCAUCGCACAUCUACCACAGGAGAGAGGAGAAAGCUGAAAUCAGGAGAAAGGAGAAGGCAGAAAGAAAAAGGAAGAAACAAGAAGCUGUGAACUCUUUGGUGGCUAUGGGCUAUUCGGAAAAGGCUGCUGCCAAGGCAUUUAGAUCAGCCAAUAAUAACUUGGAACGUGCUAUAGAGAUACUUCAACACAGCACAGAGCAAGUCUAUAUGGAUGAUGAGGAAGCUGGACCAAGUAACAGAAUCGAAAUUUCUGAAGAAACUAUUAACCAGGUAGCGUUUUUGGGUUUUGAUCAUUCUGCUGCAGAAAUUGCCCUCAGGAGAUUUAAUGGAAACAUUGAGCGGGCUGUUCAGGCCUUGAUAGAUCAUGGCGGAUACCUUCCGUCAAGUCUACUUAAUUCGCCUCCCUCAUCGACAUCACCAGAGGAUAUGGAUGUUGAAGCAGACCCCUCAGAAGAAAAGCAAAGGGAGCGUGAAAUUGUGGAAGAAGUUUUGGCAGAUAUCCCAGAGCAUGAAGAAGACUACCUUGACAUGACCCUGGAAGAGGAGAGGGAGGUCAUUAUCAAGUACAAGACUUGGCUACAAGGGUCACAUCAAUCCACCUUGUAAUUAGACUGUGAAGGAGCAAGUACUUAAGUUCUGCCGCUGAUUUGUGCUUCAUGCCUCUGUCUACAAAAUUUGAUGCCUUUUCUUGGUUAGAAACAAAAAUUGAAUUUUCUGUUUUAUUUGAUUGUCUUUGUCUUUUUUUUUCCCUCCUGCAAAGACCUAAAGCCAUGGCAUCCUUUUACUUUAAAAUCAAAUUUAGCUUUUGGUGCAAAUUUUAAGUAGGAUGUAAUAGCUUUGCAUUAUCUAGUAAAUGCGGAUAUUUACUUGACCAGCAAUUUUCUUGCUUCCAAAAUUGCUGUUGUUACAGCAAAAAGUGAAUUCCAAAUUUGGAUGUUAUUAAUGCUGGGUAGUUCUACUUCACAAAUAGUCUCCAAUGACUUGUCUUUUUCUGGGCUUCGUUCUGCCACAUACUGAACUGUAGAUGGGGAGAUGUGUAGUAUUGGGGAAACCUGUCUGCCUGACUCCAGUUGUACUGCCAUUUGGAUCUCUUGUCAGUCAGACAGAGUUUGCCAUCUGUAUCUUAACCAUCCUUGAUUUGUAAAAUUUUAAAUGAUUUUUAACAACCAAAUUCAAUGGGCAGUAUUGUUUUCUUCUUUGGCUACACUGUUCUGUGCAGUUUGGAACUAGUCAGUAUUACCAGCCACUUCCCUCUGUCUGGUUUCGGUUAUUCAGUGACUCACUAUAAACAUACUGCCUUUGUGCCCAGCCCUUUUAGGUCUGAUUGUAAAUACCAUUGAAAAUGGAGGAUGGAUUUUUCAAGUGCCACUAUUCAUAACUAAUUGUACCAAAGUUUAGACCAGGGAUUAGAUACAAAGCUGGAAAUGGUGCAGAUGUAUCUAUUAUAGAUAUCUUCCCUCAAAUCGAACCCUUAACUAAGUGGAAAUCUGGAAGAGAGUCAUAUUUUCAAUGUUCUUACUGCACAGACUGUUUGGCUACUUGUUGAAGCAGCAACUUCUCGCGACCAUACCCUCUAACAAAGUAUGUGUUGUUUAGAGGCUUCUAUUUGCUUUACCUCAGUAUUCGGAUCAUGAUGCUGUUCUUGUCCUCAGUAUUUUCUACGCUAAUCCCUUCACCAGUGCUUCUGGGCUAAACUCCAAAGCAGUUUGCUCAAGCAAAGUCAGUAGUAGCUCCAAGUGGUUUUCUUAACUAAUGUACCUGCACCUCUGACUAUUGGAUUGUAAUUGAUGGUAAAACCAUAAUGGAUGCUUAAAAUUAACUGGAUGCAGACUUUGUAAGGGCUGCUGCUGUUUUUAAAGAAAAGUGAAAAUAGGAGUGAUCUCUUAAAUUCAGUAAAAAUAUGUAAAUUUAAAUAGAAAUUGUAUACAAUCCUAUUUUUGAAGAAUUGUAUUUUGUCUUACUCAUGAAAUUUGUGUACAGAGCCAAUUUUUUUCAGCAAUAACAUUGACCGAUGAUUUUAUAGAGAAAUGUGUUUUGUUGUAAUGGAUUGAACUGAACCUGGCUGAUUUCAACUUUUCUUUCCCCAUGCUCUCACUGAGUGCUGCUUGUGACAUGAUGUGCAACAGAGGGCAUUUCCCUGUUAGUUCUAGGAUGUGGAAAUUCAUUCACAGGUUCAUUUGUUACUCUUGGCCUUGGUUCGGUGUUAGGGCCCUUGCAAAAUGUUGUCUGUUCAAACUGCACUGCAGAGACUUGAGGACAGAAACCAGGCUGACACUUUUUUAGACUUUAAACCAAGGCAUAACCUGCCUUCUCUACUGAACGUGAGAUCUUGUGGCACUGUUUUGAAGAGCAUUUAUUCUGGAGCCAGCUAUAACUUGCUCCUGUUAAAACAUUUUGCUUCAAAUGGUUUUUAACAGCAUAUAUAUUGAGAAUGUAGCAAUUUUAAAUCAACUAAAUUUUGCAAACUCUUCCUUUUUAAGAGACUAUUUCAUUUGUACUUGUACAACCAAGUUGAAAGUUCCAGCCUCUUAAGUACAUUUCUGAUUCGAAGUGUGUGUGCUUUGUUAGGAAGUAAUGAUCCUUCUCCCUUUUUUUCCCUUUUUUUGAUAAUUUAAUACUUUUUCAUAAAAUUUUCAAUAAAAUCUUCUUUCCCUCAAUUGGUUAGUGAGCUAUUUCUGUUCUUGAAGUUUUGCUUCUUGGGAGUUGUAAUUUUGAAGUCAUGCAUAAUUCUCAAAUAAAAUGAUACUGUAUACUGAA